UCUCUGUGCUUGUCCCCAUUCCCAGUUAACAUGUCUGAGCAGGAACUGCUCUGCUCGAUGCCCUGGUCCCUGGGUGGGGGACAGCCACCGCCCCACGUGCCACCGUGGCAGCUUCCUGCCCAGGUGCCUGCUGUUCUCCCCUCUUCUCCAGGGUUGUCUGGAAACGUGGCUGGAGGGGAGGGACCUCAGUGGGCACAGCGGGUGCUGCGAGUCCAGCGGUCCCUUCCACAGGCAGGCGUUGGCAGAGCUCGGCUUCCCUGAGAGGCACCGCUGCUCCCUGGGCUCCCACUGCUCCCCAGGAUCCCACUGCUCCCCAGAGAGUGAGGGGCUGCACCUACCACCGACCUGCACCUGCUGAGAGGCCCCAGGUGAGAGGUGCCUGAGAAUCGUGUUGGGGUCGUGCCAUCCCUGUGCUGUGCCCUGCAGGGGACAGCCAUGGGCAGCUGGGCAGUGGGAGCCAUCCUCGCCCUGCUGGCCUCACUCAUCCUCGCUGCCAACGUGCUGGUGGCCAUUGUCCUCCUCUUCCUCAUCCCGAAGAGCAGCAACAAGGGGCUCUGUUUUGUCCUCAAUCUCGCUAUUGCGGACACCAGUGUUGGCUUCACGGUCAUGAGUCUGGCCAUAGACGAGAUUUCACAGCCGUUUUAUCCUUCCCAGAAGUUCUGCACCCUCAGAAUGGCUUUUGUGAUCUUCUCUUCUGCUGCCUCCAUCUUGUCCCUGAUCCUGGUUGCGUGCGACAGGCACCUGGCAAUCCGGAAGCCUUUCCACUAUGUCCAGCUGGUGACGGGCCAAAGGAUCGGGAUACGCUUGGUGGGGCUCUGGCUGGUUGCUGCCACCAUCGGCUUCCUCCCGGUCUUCGUCCCAGUCUUCCAGAGGUUCUCCGACUGUGGGAAGUGCUCCUUCUUCCAUGUCUUCCACCCUGCCUACCUGCUCACUGUGUUCUUCAUCGGCUUCUUCCCUGCGCUCUUCCUCUUUCUCUACCUCUACUGUGACAUGCUGAAAAUCGCCUCGGUGCACGUGCAGCACAUCCAGGAGGUGGAGCAGGCCGGGCUGGCAGGGGGCUGCCCCCCAUCCCGCACCGCCAGUGACAUGAAGGCCAUGCGCACGGUCGCCGCGCUCAUCGGGUGCUUCACCCUCUCCUGGCUGCCCUUCUGCAUCGCCAGCAUCGUGCUGAUGUUCUGCCCCAAGUGCUUCCCCUACAAAAUCAUCGAGAACUUCCUCUGGCUGCUGGGGCUGGGGAACUCCCUCCUGAACCCGCUGCUCUAUUCCUACUGGCAGAGGGAUGUGCGGCUCCAGCUCUCCCAGCUGGCUGCAGGUGUGAAGAGGAGGGUCCUGCUCCACCUCGGCAAGGGCCGCUGUUUCCCUGGCAGAGGCCCCAAGCCUCUCCCAGCCGUGUCCUGCCCACAGCUCCAGGACUGACUCAGUAAGGAGCAGCUGUCUCCAGCUUUCCAGCUCCCCUCCUGCAUUGUGACCAUGAACUCAAGGCCUACCAGCUGUGAAGGAGAUCCCAGAGGGGUGGGACCAAUCUGGAUCCUGAUUCCCAGACAUCCCAGACAUUCCCUACCAGAUUCCAUCCUGCCCACUGCCCCACAACCCACAGCACAGCCAGCUCCACAACAGCCCCAGGCACCCCAGGUUGCAGGUUUUCCCUGGAGAGCCUCCGUUGGAGCAGCCUCGUGUCUCCUGGACCAAGCCCUGCCACUCGCUCCACAGGAAAAGACCCUUCAGCCAUCACUGCCCGGCUUCCUCUGCCAGACCUGACCUCCUGCCCUCCCCUCUGCCUGCAGCACCGACUCCAUGGGCAAUGAGACCCCGUGCCCGUGGCAGGUGGGGGCACAGCAGGGGCUCCACCCCCUUGGAUUGGCCCCAGCAGUAAAGGCUGGGAGGGGUGUGAACAUCCUCAAGCUCUCCUGGACCACAGGCACUCCCAGUCCCUUC